CAAAACUGGGCCUCUGAUUACUUUCUAUUGCAUCUUUAACUCAGAAGCAACUCGGGCAUCGAAAUUACUUGAAAUUCAAUGAUACACAGACUUUGUUAUUGCUAGAACACUUUGUCAAUUGUCAAUCUCAAGGUUCUUGGCGUUGUAUCCCAAGCGCAGGGAGGCAUGUGGAAGCCACCUUUGAAUUUCAUCACUCUGCAUUAUGCAUAUAUCUUAUCAUGCAGUAUUUCGGGACUCAUCAUCCUCUAUCCUUAUGGCAACCUGAAGGCCGUCGACGCCUUUUUCUUUGGCGCCAGCGCAUCUACGGAAUCAGGUUUAAACACUGUUGAUGUGAACGUGUUGAAGACCUACCAACAAGUGUUCAUAUACGUCGUACCGAUUAUAACGAACUUUAUGUUUAUUAAUAUUAUCGUCGUCGCGGUUCGUCUGUAUUGGUUCGAGAAGCGAUUAAAACAGAUAGCACCUGCUGUCCUAUCUACAAAGGCCCGGUCGCCUGGGUUAAGAGAUGAUCGAUAUGUUCAAGAGGCGGAAGCUGGCAAGCUCCGGGAUUCAAUUCCAGAGCAAGAAACAGAACAGACACCAGAUCAGCAUUACACGAAUAUGGAAAGGCAGAACUCAACAGCCAGCACGAACAACCAUUCUGGGCCUUCGGGUGAGUUUAGCGCGGAAUACAAUGGUUUUAAAGACAAAAGUAUUUCGUUUUCCAAUGAAAACAAGGCCCUGCGCAUCCCGUCUCCCUGCGAACACGAUAGAGGUCAGCGAAUACAAGAAGUCGAUGAGGAUUCAAUUGCAAGUAAUGAUGACAGGAGGUCCGAGGAAUUCCGGCGCAGAUGGAGGGACAUCGCAAGCAAUACGACUGGAAUCCCGCUAGAACGUGUCGCCUCCUCCAUGUUUGUGAUUGGGAGACGGCCAAGCGAGCAAGGACAGCGGAUUCAAAGAGCUGUUUCCCUCUCAAAGGAUUCAAACCUUCCAGGCCUCUCUUCACAAGCGUCCGUCGGUCGAAACUCUCAGUUUUACAACCUCACAGCUAGAGACAGAGAAACCCUCGGUGGUAUCGAGUACCGUGCACUGAGAGUGUUAUUAAGGAUUGUAAUUGGGUAUCUCGUUGGGCUUCACCUACUUGGUGCAAUUUGCCUGGUCCCCUGGAUCCUGCAUGCAGAUCCCAAGUAUAGAAACUAUCUUGAGGAGUGUGGGCAAGGAAGUGUCUGGUGGGCUUUUUAUUCGGCCCAAACGAUGGUUGACAAUCUCGGUUUUACUCUUACUCCGGAUUCGAUGGUGUCGUUUCAAGAUGCCACCUGGCCAAUGCUGCUGAUGAGCUUUCUUGCAUUUGCUGGAAAUACUCUCUAUCCCUGUUUCCUGCGCCUUGUCAUUUGGACAAUAAGAAAUUGCACCCCGCGAGAUUCUUCCCUGAAGGAGCCAUUGGAUUAUAUCCUGAAAUAUCCACGCCGCUGUUAUGUAUUGCUUUUCCCCAGCAAUCCAACUUGGAUUCUCUUUGGAAUUAUCCUUUUACUGAACGCUGUGGAUGUCCUUUUGAUUGUCGUUCUCGACCUCAACAAUCCGGCAGUGAACAAUCUCCCGGGUGGUCCAAGGGUAUUGGCAGCCAUAUUCCAGGCGGCCUCAUCUCGGCACACAGGAACGUCGACGUUCAAUCUUGCCGACGUCAAUCCAGCAGUUCAGUUCAGUCUGUUGGUUAUGAUGUAUGUCGCAAUCUUUCCGAUCGCUAUUAGUAUUCGUGCCUCCAACACAUAUGAAGAACGUACGCUGGGUGUGUUUUCGAAGGACUCUGAUCCUGACGAGAAGAACGGUUCGAAGUACGUCAUUUCGCAUGUGCGGAACCAACUUAGUUUCGACCUAUGGUACAUCUUCCUUGGGAUCUUUUGCAUUUGCAUUUCUGAGUCAGACAGGAUCAUGCAUGAUACGUCCUUUCCAGUGUUCGCAGUAUUCUUCGAGGUUGUUUCUGCAUAUGGAAAUGUUGGCCUCAGUCUUGGCUAUCCCACCGUACUCACUUCCUUGAGUGGGAAAUUCAACACAUUCAGCAAAGUCGUGAUCUGUCUUAUGAUGAUCCGAGGCCGCCAUCGUGCACUGCCAUAUCGACUCGACCGGGCAAUUUUACUUCCAGGUGAGCGACUCAUUGACGACGAUAGAGCUGGCCUGGGGUCUACUACUCUGUUUUCCAGCACAGAUAAUCGAUAGCUGAAAGACAAGAGGUACUACACGCAGCAGUGUAGUUUCCGCAGGAAUGCUGCUGACCCUCGAAUUGGGUGAUAUUUUCCCGAUAACAAGUUAAUUGAUAGGAUGCUUAAUUGGAUAUGCUGCUUUCUCAGCGAUAUAUGUACUGUGAAUCCUAGUGUCUACAGACAAAGUCCAUGAAACCAUUUAUCAACGGAAAUACAC